GAAGUGGUCAACGAGUUUGUUUAACGACUGAUACUUGGACUUCAGUCCAAAAUAUUAAUUAUAUGGUCAUAACAGCUCAUUUCAUUGAUGGUGAUUGGAAUUUACACAAAAGAAUUUUAAACUUUUGUCAAAUAGCUAAUCACAAAGGAGAUACCAUAGGAAGAGCAAUUGAAAAAUGCUUGCAAAGUUGGGACAUUGACAAAAUUUUUACUGUGACGGUUGAUAAUGCUAGCUCAAAUGAUGGAGCAAUGACAUAUUUGACUAGAAAGCUUAAGGAGAGAAACGUGUUGGUGUUAGAUGGUGAAUUUCUCCAUGUUCGAUGUUGUGCUCAUAUCUUAAAUUUGAUUGUUGGUGAUGCUUUAAAAGAUUUGCAUGUAUCUAUCGUUCGUAUUAGAAAUGCUGUAAAGUAUGUUAGGUCAUCUCCUACAAGAUUGCAAAUAUUUAAAGAUUUUGCUAAAGAAGAUAGCAUUUCAACAAAGAGUUGUCUUACUAUGGAUGUCCCAACACGAUGGAAUUCAACCUUCACUAUGUUGGAUGGAGCAAUUAAGUUCAAAAGGACCUUUGAAAGAUUAGAGGAUCAUGACCGAAAUUAUAUUGCAGAAGGUGACAGACCAACUAAUGAAGAUUGGGAUAAUGCUAGAGUAUUCGUAGGGUUCUUGAAAAUAUUUUCAGAUGUUACUCUAAAAUUUUCAGCAUCCAUGUCCGUGACUUCGAAUAUAUUCUUCCACGAAGUGUGUUUGGUUCAGGAAACAAUUCGUGAAUACUCUUUGUAUAAAAAUUACUUGUUGAGUAAAAUGGCAUUAAGAAUGCAAACAAAAUUUAACAAGUAUUGGGGUGUAACUACAAGUGAGAAGAUCAACUUAUUGUUAUAUGUUGCAGUAGUUUUUGACCCUAGAUAUAAGUUAAAUUAUGUGAGUUAUUGCUUUCAUGAAUUUUUGGAAGAAGAAAGUGCAAAUUUGUGGACAAAUAAGGUUGAAGCAACAUUACGUCAAUUGUGUGAUGACUAUUAUACAAGACUGUCAGUGACAAAGGAAUAUCACUCUCAAACACAAUCGACACCCGUAGAAACAUCAAGUGGUCAAGGUGAAAUACCAUCUAAUUCUUCUAGUGCAUCUUGUGGAAUUGGAAUUUAUAAGGUACGUGCUGCUGUUCAUGAUAGAUAUAAACAGAGUAAAAAAAAAGAUUCAUAUGAUGGAAAAACAGAAGUCACUCGUUCUCAUCUAAACAGAAGUCACUCGUUAUCUAGAUGAGACUUGUGCUGAAGAUGAAAAUUUUGAUUUAUUAAACUGGUGGAAGGUGAAUUCUAGUCGACUUAAGGUUAUUAGCCAAGUAGCUAGGGACAUCUACAACAUUCCUAUAUCUACUGUUUCAUCUGAGUCAGCUUUUAGUACUAGAGGACGGGUAUUGGAUUCUUUUAGGAGUUCAUUAACUCCUCAAACUGCAGAGGCACUCAUUUGUGCUCAAAAUUGGCUUCAAUCUAAACCUCUUGAUGACAUGUGUGAAGAAAUCGAUGGAGUAGAAGAAAUUGAUGAAGAAUACUCAAGCAUACGUAAGGAGAUGGAAGUUGCAUUCGAAAACAUGAAAUUCAAUCCUACAGUUUUAACUUCUACUCUCAAAUAUCGUUUAUCUCUAUUUCAUUAAUAAUUUAUUUUAUACUAUAUAUUAAGUAACAAUUCUUGUUUCUUUUGUAGAGUUCUGAAGUCUAGAGAUGGAACUGGAGUCAUGAUAGAAAUUGAGAUUUAACUUGUUACAUUUUGUAGUUUUUAUUAGAGUUUUGUAAAUCUCAUUAUUGGAAUAUUUGUUUACUUAAAAAGAUAUUUAGAAUCUUGUUUCUUUCAACUUCUAGACACUAUCUUUUAAACUUCGAAAGUAGAUGUUAUAUACGUGAUCACGUAUUUUAAUACAAAUGUAAUGUUAGGUUUGUUAGAACAUAAUUUAAAAUUUACACAGGAAUGAAGGGAGAGAAAAGGGAGGAAUGAAGGAAGGAAAAGAAGAAGAAGAACUAGAAAGAAAGAAAGGGGGAAAAAAAAUGGGUUCGGAUUUCGGUUAUUUUUCCCUGACCGAAAACCGAACCGAACCGCCAGGUUUUCACCCCUACUCAAUGAUGAUCAACAUAUAUUUACAACUAAGAGAUUAUGAGUUCGAUCCCAACCCCAUGUAAAUACGAGGCUUUCGUUCGUUUCCGGAUUUGAUAGUGCUGCAUGUUUGGGCAACUCAUUUCUUCACAAGGAUUAAAAAAAAGAAAAAAACCUCAUUUAUACAUAAGAAAGAAGAAAGAGAUGAAAAAAACAGGGAAAAAGGAAAAAAAAACCAUGCGUGUGCGUCUAGAAUUGCAACUGAAAACAAGUGGUUGCGAUUAAUCGGUGUGAAUGAGAAA